AGAAACGCUCCGGCGGAGAACAAUUCCGAAAUUCAAAUUUAAAUUUAAAUACUUCAGAAUGUUUUUCGCAUUGUUAUUGUUCGUUCUCUUUUCAUAUUCGAACGCGAAUUUUAUCGUUGAAGAAGAAUGCUUGAAUUACACGGUUUAUCCUAUACAAUACGAACUGACAAUCAUACCUUAUAUUUACAAAGACAAUUCCUAUUACCACGGCGAUAUAACGAUCACUGUUAUUGCGAACGCCAAUGUAAGGGAGAUCGAGUUAGACGCGAAGGAUUUAGACAUCCAGAGCGGUUCCAUCAAGGUCUUGGACGGAAGCACUGAUCUGGUGAAUGGAGCACGUCCGUAUGAAUACGACAAGACUAAUGGGAAGCUGUUCAUUCACUUGCGGGAGCCUUUGAAGGUGUACAGUCAAAACAAUAGACAGUUCUACUAUAUAAAAAUGUCUUUUAAUAAAUACAUCAAAGAAGAUAGCGCCGGUUUGUUCUUGGUCAACUAUUAUGAGGACGAUGUGAAGAAUGCCAAGUCUUUAUACGCAACCAGGCUGUCUCCGAAUAAGGCUAAAUUCAUGUUUCCGUGCUUCGAUAACCCUCGCUUCGAAGCGGUCUUCAAAUUCAAGGUGUACAUACUUUCCGAUCACCCAGGAAUGCAGUACACUAAUAGCAGCUUGGUGAUCGCUGAGGAAAUGAAGAGAGUCAGCUCUAAAGACUAUACGAUCAUCGAAUACAUUCCAUCACCUCAAGUAGCAUUGCACCAAGUCGGGUUUCACUAUUCCCAAUUCACCAAUAAAUCGGUCAAAGGCAAAAAUAAUGAUACCCUUGUUAUCUGGGCACCAGGCGAUAAAUUGUAUUGCUAUGAUUACAUACAACGCUUUGGAAUAUCCAUGAUCGAUCUCAUGCAUCAGUAUGAGGGUACCAAGAGACCUAUAACUGCGGGGAGUAUCAAUUUAGUUGCAGUUCCCACUAAUUUACAAGGAUAUGAGAUUGGCAGUUGGAAUCUACUGACUAAUGGUGCUAACCGCAUAGCAAAUCUGGUGUAUAUAACAAGUAUCCAGCAAAUAGAAGUGAUGCGGUUCGAAUUAGCCCAGCAGUUGUGCAGGAUUUGGCUUGGUAAUCCUGGUGAAGAGAACCGCACCAGGUGGAAGGAGGAAUGGCUGAAGGAAGGAAUGGCUACUUACUAUGCUUCUUAUUUUCUGGCUCAGAAAACAUCAGAGCGUUAUCCAAAAAGACUACAACCAUUAGGUAUAUACGGAUUGUCCAUGAAACAUAAAGCCAUGGAAAUCGACUGGCCCAGAAGUACUCCAGCAUUGGAAGUUUUCAAUGACACAUUGGCCAUAGAAAUACCAGCUAGAUACAAGGAUUUGGUCACUAUGAAAACUGGGACGCUUUUCUGGAUGUUAGAAAAUUGGAUUGGACCAGAGAAAUUUCAUAAUGCCUUAAUCAAAUACAUUAAUUCAAGAAGAGGCAAGUACAUAUCCCUUCAAGAUUUCCUGACGACGUUGGACCACGAGACGGUGGAAUGCUCGUAUCAGCUCUUCAACGGUUCCACGUCAUCCAGGAUACUCAGGUCUUGGUUCAGUCAGGCUGGAUACCCUGUUAUUAAUGUGAGAGUUCUCAGAGAUCGAACACCAAACGUUGUUCAACUGAAUCAAAGGAGAUUCAGCUUCAGGAAUGAACACCAUCGAGAGUUGGAGUACCUUAUUCCCAUUUCCUACACGAUCCAGAACAGCAAGAACUGUUUCAAUUGCUACAGGCCUCGUUUCGUUAUUGGAAGUCAACCGUACACAUUCAUCGAAAACCUGGAUGGGGGCUGGAUUAUCCUAAACAGCAAUGGCUCAGGUUACUAUCGCGUGAAUUAUGACUCUGACAGUUGGUUGCUGAUUGCCAAGACUCUUGUCGAAGAUCAUCAAUCUAUUGAAGAAAUGACUAGAUCUCAAAUAGUCAACGAUGUAUUCGCUCUGUAUGUGUCUGGGAACUUGGACAUGUCUAUAGCUAUGCAGGUUUUGGCGUACCUCGAUAAAGAGACCAGUCUUGCUGUAUGGGACAGCGUAAUAUCGGGGUACGAGCUGCUGAAGCUGGAAGGAGCAGCUUGUAAUAUGACCAAGUACAUAUAUUGGGAAUGGUCGGAUUUCAUGAAGCAGAAGAUACCGACUAUAUACAAUGGCCUAAUUAAGAAUCUCGAUCAGCAAACAGAUGUAAGGCUGCUCCGCAACAAAGUCAUUACAUUCGCAGCUGAACUAGAAUAUGAACAGUGCUUGACACAGUUGCGCCGGAUGUAUCAGGAGACGCGCAGAGAUCCAAAACGCAUUCUCGAUCCAGACGCAAGACGUGGAUGUUACUACGUCCUUUUGAACGACACAAACAGUCACCUCCGGUUCAAAAAACUUAGCGGUAUCGAGGAAGAAGACCGGAAUUCCGUUGAAAACAGAAUACGCGAAAAUAACAGAUUCCUCAUCAGGAUACCGUACGGAGAACCCAGACCGUUGCCUAUUAUAUCAUCUGAAAGUCCAUUAUCUUCGACUACGCCUGAGCCGGUACCAGACAAGAUCGUAAUGCCCGACGCGUCCACAAGCAACUUAUCUUCUAUAAUAUUUGUAGUCGCUUCAAUACUGAUACUGAGGCUGUUUUGAUUAACUAACGAACUGUAAACAAAAGUUCUUCAAAUUCUGUUAUUUUCAACGGAUAUUUCAAUAAUAAAUCUGUCAAUGAAUACGCUGGAAGCGCAAUCACUUUAUUACAUUAUUACGCAAAUGCACCGUAAUGUAUUAUGAAUAGCAAGCUACCAGGUGUGAGCUUUCUUGAAUAAGCUUGGUGCUAUAGUUGUAAAAAACAAAGCUAAUCAAAUAUUAGUAGACUGCUUUUGAUGUUAGAUAUACUUUGAAUAAUUUCAAUGUUAUAGAUUAAUUAAUUUAUUAUACAACUAAUUUAAUGUUCAGUCGCUAGUGUUUGUUAACUUUUAACAGAACUGUAGUCUUUCCCAGUGAAUUCUAAAUGACAUCUAACCUUCUAGUCUGAAAUGGUAACACUGGUGGUAGGACCUCUUGUGAGUGCGCACGGGUAGGUACCACCACCCUACCUAUUUCUGCUGUAAAGCAGUAAAGCGUUACGGUUUGAAGGGUGGGGCAGCCGUUGUAACUAUGCUUGAGACCUUAGA